CGCCCCGCCCCUGCUGCUGACGUGCGGGGCCGAAAGGGAGGGACGGGCGGGCUCCGCCGAGCCUUGUGCUUCCGCGGGCUCUGGGGUCGCUGGGGCCUCGUGGCGGGGCGGCUCCGCGGAGCUUCGCCCGCUUUCGCACCUUCCUCGUGUCCUCUCGCGGCGCCCAGCGGGCCCUGCGCUUCAGCGGGAGACCCGGCAAGGUGAAGAACGAAUGUCAUGAUGUCUGGAAUCAAGCGGACAAUCAAAGAAACCGACCCUGAUUAUGAGGAUGUAUCUGUGGCCCUUCCAAAUAAGCGACAUAAAGCAAUUGAGAAUUCAGCUCGAGAUGCUGCUGUGCAGAAGAUUGAGACUAUUAUUAAGGAACAGUUUGCACUUGAAAUGAAGAAUAAGGAACAUGAAAUUGAAGUCAUCGAUCAGCGAUUGAUUGAGGCAAGAAGGAUGAUGGAUAAACUUCGUGCCUGCAUUGUUGCCAACUACUAUGCUUCUGCAGGCCUUCUAAAAGUUUCUGAGGGAUCAAAAACAUGUGAUACAAUGGUUUUUAAUCAUCCUGCUAUCAAGAAAUUUUUGGAAUCACCAUCUAGGUCAUCCUCUCCUGCCAAUCAGAGAUCAGAAACACCAUCAGCCAAUCAUUCAGAAAGUGAUUCUUUAUCUCAACACAAUGACUUCUUAUCUGACAAAGACAAUAACAGCAAUAUGGAUAUAGAGGAAAGACUCUCAAACAACAUGGAACAGAGACCAAGUCGAAAUACUGGAAGGAGCCCUUACUGGAUGAUUUUCCUAGCCAGGGGUUCUGUGGUAGAGGAAAUCUCCAGGCUUACAGCUCUCUUUUGUUGCUCUUCCCUUGUAGUAAAGACUGAACCAGAAACGCCUGGGCCAGGCUGCCUCUCUCAGGAGGGUCAGACACCAGUGAAAACAGAAGAAAGUUCUGAACUGGGAAACUAUGUCAUUAAGAUAGACCAUUUAGAGACUAUCCAGCAACUCUUAACAGCAGUGGUAAAGAAGAUUCCCUUAAUCACUGCAAAAAGUGAAGAUGCCAGCUGUUUUUCUGCGAAGUCUGUGGAGCAGUAUUAUGGCUGGAACAUUGGAAAAAGGAGAGCUGCUGAGUGGCAAAGAGCAAUGACAAUGCGAAAAGUCUUACAAGAAAUACUGGAGAAGAAUCCAAGAUUUCACCACCUGACUCCCCUUAAAACCAAGCACAUUGCUCACUGGUGUCGCUGCCAUGGCUAUACCCCACCUGAUCCUGAGACACUGAGGAGCGACGGGGACUCUAUUGAGGAUGUGCUGACCCAAAUCGACAGUGAGCCAGAGUGCCCGUCGUCAUUCUCCUCUGCGGACAGCCUCUGCCGGAAACUGGAGGACCUACAGCAGUUCCAGAAAAGAGAGCCGGAGAAUGAAGAGGAGGUGGAUAUCCUCAGCCUCCCAGAGCCAUUAAAGAUCAACGUCAAAAAAGAACAGGAAGAGAAGCAGGAAGAAAUGAAGUUGUACCUGCCACCCACACUGGGGUCUGAAUUUAUUGGUGACAUCACACAGAAGAUUGGGAUCACCCUGCAGCCCGUGGCACUUCACAAGAACGUGUAUGCGUCUGUGGUAGAGGACAUGAUUUUAAAGGCCACAGAGCAGCUGGUGAACGACAUCCUGAGACAGGCUUUGGCAGUUGGAUACCAGACAGCAUCUCACAACAGGAUUCCCAAAGAAAUCACAGUGAGCAACAUCCACCAGGCCAUUUGCAACAUUCCUUUUCUGGACUUCCUCACAAAUAAACACAUGGGGAUAUUGAAUGAAGAUCAAUGAAGAUGCCCUUGGAAAAGCAGGAUUUGAAGAUGUAGCCGAAGCUUUGAACUGUGAUGUCUCCUCUUUGGGGAAGGAGGUUAUUUUCUGUGUGCCUCAGAAUAUUAUGGCUACCAAAC